CACUCCCAGUUCAGAUGUGUGUUGGGGGCGGUUGCUGUGAAAUGGGGGUCCUGUAGCCGAUGUGUGUGAAUCUAGGCUAAUCCUGCGUGUGUGCUUGAACGUGUAUAUUAUAAUAGUUCGAAGUAUUAGAAUAGUCCGGCCUACAUACAAACAAUAUAAGUAUUUGAACCUAGUAGGCUACCAUGGACAGUAUGUGCGAUUUGAUGUUUUAUAAAUAGCAUGAACUGCGGUCUCAUUGAAGGACACGAACGAGGGGCAUUCGUAAAGCAAUCGGACCUCAGAUCAUCAUGUCUACGUCGGCUACGAACAAUGGUAGACUCCAUACGGACGAGAAAUGCAAACAGCGAAAAUACCAAUCUUUUCUCUUCUAUCAGGCCGUGCGAGAUCUAAAGCCUGUUUGGAUGUUGGAGGACAUGCGGACAAUGGAGACUUUUUACUGGGAGGAAGACGCCAGCCAGAGAUCCUACACUCCCUCGGAGGCAUUGCUGUACGCUAUCGUACAUGACCACCAAGCCUAUGCUCAAUACUUGCUCAGUCAUUACACCGAUGAAGCACUGGCCAUGCCCGGCGAGCGCUUUUGUUGCUGUCCAUCAUCGGCCCCGCAUUUGGCGAUGGCUGUCAGAUAUGACAGACGGGACAUACUAGGUCUCAUAUUGCAAGAAGCGCAUCGACUACCUAGUCUGCGGUCAUAUAUGAACCGAGGCGGAUGUUUUCACAUGGAGGACGGUAAAACUCCACUGCAUCUGGCCUGUGAGCUCCUGCGCUCAGAGUCCGUUAUUCUGUUGUUGGGCAACGGCGCCUCGCCACAGGCAGAAGAUCAAAACGGUAUGACGCCAUUGGAUGUCAUUUUGGAACAGCUGUGGGACUCCAAAGUGAACAUUGGGCCCAAAAAGCUGUGUCUUGACAACUUGUUAAUGUUUAUGCCAGAGAUUCGUUUCAAAAUGAAGAGUGCGCUCGAAGGAGACCCAGUUUGUUGGUCCAAAGUCCUAGGUGAGGACAAAUUCAAAUACCUCGUUGGACAGAAGCCAGCUCCACUGUUUCUCAUGGCUAUGCAAACAAUUCUGAGGCAGCUUCCACCAGAGCAGUUCCCUGACAGCCUAGAUGAGCUUCCCAUACCCUCCUCAUUGAAACCACUACCCUGCAAACAGCUUGGACAGCUGAAAGGGUUUUAAACGUGUUUUGACAAGUUUUAAAAAACUGUCUACAUUAUGUAUUUAUAUGAAUGUUUUAGCAUGAUUAAGAUAUCUGUGUGAUGAGCAUGUAGGCCCUAUGUAUUGUUGUGUCAAUACAAACCCCUUGUAUGAAAUUAAGAGGCUAUAAGAAUGGGUGCUAAUUAUGAUAAUAUCUGUGAUUCAAGUUUCAUAUGAAAUGAAGAGGUAAUUGUGUAAAUUAUUUUUAUUUGAUUUUUAAACCUUUUUAUAUAAGUUGUAUGCAAAUGUCUCAGAGUGGAGACUACAGUAUAACAAUAUAUUUUCAUUGCUGUGCUGAAUAUUACGCUUUUAUAGCCUACAGAACAAAGACCAUGUGUGAUUGGUUAUCUGUAUAGAAUGAUUACCUCAAAUAUGUUUAAUAACUUAAUAGGAAUUAUGAUCUAGGAACUUUUAAACAUAUUUAAAAUGCCACUGUCAAUUCCAUUAUGCUUCUCCAGUGAGCGCUUUCCUCAUUAUCAACAUAAUACUCAAGAGAAAAGAGAACUUGAGAAACAAAUAAAUCGAAACUCGCUUCA